CUGCGCCAUCUUUCCGGUUGGUUUGAUUAGACCGGUUUUAUCGGAGGAGGACACCGGGUUCCCGAACUCCUAACGCCCGUCUGAGGAAGAGGAACGCCGGCUUGUCACCUCCACUCCACGGAACAUCGAGUUCGGCCUGUGCAGGGAAGGCAAAGAACCGGGCCAGGACCGUGUGGUACCGCUGCGAGCCGAAAGCCAGGGAGGGAGGGGGGGUGGGCCACCCGGAUCCACACGGAGUAACAGUGAGCCGGGUCAUCCGGACCGAGACCUCAUGAAUGGAAAUCGGAACAACAGGAGCCCAAACCUUGUUUACGUUGCCACGGCGACCCGGAUAUGGCUCCAUCGGAAAGCCCAUCAAGCUCCUGGCCAACUGCUUCCAGGUGGAAAUCCCUAAGAUCGACGUUUACCUGUACGAGGUGGACAUCAAGCCGGAGAAAUGUCCCCGACGAGUCAACAGGGAGGUGGUGGACUCCAUGGUGCAGCACUUCAAGGUGACCAUCUUUGGCGACCGGAUGCCGGUCUACGACGGGAAGAGAAGCCUCUACACCGCCAGUCCACUUCCUGUCGCCACAGGAGGGGUGGAUCUGGACGUCACCCUGCCGGGGGAAGGUGGGAAGGACCGCCCCUUUAAGGUCUCCAUCCGAUUCGUCUCCCUCGUCAGUUGGCAUCUGCUGCACGAAGUCCUGACGGGACGUGGCGUUCCAGAACCGCUGGACCUGGACAAGCCGCUCAGCACCAACCCGGUUCACGCGGUGGACGUGGUCCUGCGACACCUGCCCUCCAUGAAGUACACCCCGGUGGGACGGUCCUUCUUCUCCUCCCCUGAGGGCUACGACCACCCGCUGGGGGGAGGGCGGGAGGUUUGGUUCGGUUUCCAUCAGUCGGUGAGGCCCGCCAUGUGGAAGAUGAUGCUGAACAUCGAUGUUUCAGCCACAGCGUUUUACAAAGCCCAGCCGGUCAUCCAGUUCAUGUGUGAGGUGCUGGACAUCCACAACAUGGACGAGCAGCCGCGCUCGCUGCCGGACUCCCACAGGGUCAAGUUCACCAAAGAGAUCAAAGGUCUUAAAGUGGAAGUCACCCACUGUGGAAGCAUGCGCAGGAAGUACAGAGUGUGUAACGUCACCCGGCGGCCUGCCAGCCUGCAGACGUUUCCACUGCAGCUGGAGAACGGCCAGACGGUGGAGCGCACUGUGGCGCAGUACUUCAGGGAGAAGUACAGUCUGCAGCUGAAGUACCCCCACCUGCCCUGCCUGCAGGUGGGCCAGGAGCAGAAGCACACCUACCUGCCUCUGGAGGUGUGUAACAUCGUCCCCGGUCAGCGCUGCAUUAAGAAGCUAACAGACAACCAGACGUCCACCAUGAUCAAAGCCACGGCGCGGUCUGCUCCAGACAGACAGGAGGAGAUCAGCCGCCUGGUGAGGAGCGCCAACUACGAGUCGGACCCGUUUGUGCAGGAGUUCCAGUUCAGAGUGCGGGAUGAGAUGGCUCAGGUGACGGGCCGCGUCCUGCCGGCCCCCAUGCUGCAGUAUGGCGGCAGGGUGAGCUCUGAACCCUUUAUGGUACCUUUCCUUUUAAAUCACGCUCCACACACGCCCGCUUUAGGCUGA